AUGCCUCAAUCAUCGAACUCCUCUACGAGACGAGAGCAAGGCAAUGCCGACCCCGAAUCCUUUUCAGAACAAGACGCUCCCUUCGAAUUCGAGCAGGGCCCAACGCCCUCCACGAGGCCGCAAGAAUCUCAGUUAUAUGCCGAGAAUAACGAAGCCGACCUCCCAUCAGCCAUACCAGAGGAUCGGUGGGUCAAGCUCCCGUUCCAGCGCGGAGGAAUACCGUACCCUGGAUGGGCCAUCCAUAUCGACGCAACGAGGGCCCUUCAGAAUGUUGUUCGCUUCGACAUACCGGAUGGUAAUCCAGUUGCGCAAUCAAUGUAUGAUCAGGCGGAGGAAUUAAUCACGCGCUGGGAAGAGCUGAAGGAGAUGGAAAUUGAAUUAAGGUGGGAAGGGAAGAAGUUGUCACGGGUCGACCGACGAAACAUGGGUUAUUGCCACUGGGCGGCCGAACGACUCCUCUUCAUGACUAUGGAUUGGGUUCAGGAACUGUAUGAAGACGAUAUCCGUGUGGAACACGCGAUUAACAGGGAGUGGGCUGAGCUUCGAAGACAUCGAGGUGUUCAGAUGGGGACUGUAUAUUUUAAUCGCGCAGCUCAACCAGAAUAG